AUGGUCGAGGAUAGGGAGACGUUUAACCCAUGGUUGGUCGUGAAUACAGAACGCAUAAAGCUUGAGAAACUUCAAGCCGAAAUUGCACUGCGCAUGCAAAGCUAUCGUGUAUUGCCCUUUUUCAUGGCGUCCGCAGUCGUGUGUACAGUCAUUUUAGCAUGCACUAUUGCGCUCGUUCAAGUAUCAAAUCUGCAAAAGAAUGAUCACCAUGUACGUAAAUCUAAAGAACGUUUCCGCAAGAUGUGGAUUUAUGAGACAACACGAGAGGAAGCAUCAUCGUGCAUCGCAGAUCUCGAUUUCACUUAUGCUGAAGCCAGACCGGCACUGAUUUGUCGUUAUGCUGCAAUUCAGUCGAAUGAAACUCAACUGCCACAGAACUCGUGUACUGAACCGAGCGUUCUCAACAGUACGGUGAGUCUAACAGCGGCUGCAUCAACGACAACUGUGACCGCAGCACCAUUAUCAAGCCACACAUCGUUACAAACCGAGAAUCAAAAAGUAAAACCGGAAACAAAAGUUUCUCAUGAACAUGUGAAACGACUACCCAGAUGGACCAUGCACAUCCAGAUUUUGUGCAACGGUGUUCUGCUUCUUGAAGCGAUUCUCGUUGGUUUAAUGAGUGGAUUUGUUGGUGAUUCAAUUGGGCUGAUCGAUGAAUUCUGUCAACUGGAUAUGAUCGCUUGUCAACGGGCUUGUUAUGAAGGUCGUCUACCAGAAGUGUUACGCACCAUUGCAUAUCAACUGCAUUCGGAUGUUCGAAAUGCUUUGGGAGUGUACGCGUCACAUCUUUCAGAUGAACGCACGAAUUUUCAGUAUACAUUUGUGAUAAUCUAUAUGACAUGCAUUCUCUCAUGCGCUUAUAUACUGGCGUCGCUGUGGUCGUCGGUGAGAUUUGGCCAUGAAACUGCUGCUGACGGUCGAGGUUAG